AUGGAGAGAUCCCUGUACAGAUGGGAAACCUCACCAAUUUUGGAGAAAUUGUCAUUGGGAUCCAACUUCUUCCAAGGAGAAAUCCCUGUAGAGGUGGGAAACCUCGCUGAUUUGACUGAAUUGUCUCCUGGCAAUAACAGAUUUACUGGAGCAGUUCCGUCAUCAUUAUGCCAUUUGAAAAAGUUGAAACGUUUGGAUUUGCAUUCUAAUUUGUUCUCCGUGAGCAUUCCAUCCGAGAUUGGUAACCUGUCAGUUAUUUCAUCUUUGCUCCCAAAUGACAACGACUUGGUAGGAGAGAUCCCUCCGUCAAUGCAAAAGAUGGGACAGUUGGAGGAGCUUGAUUUGGAAGAUAACUGCCUUCGGGGUGAAAUUCCAACAUGGCUGUUUGAUCUCAUAUAUUUGACGGAUUUGAAGCUUGGGGGAAACAAGCUUGUGUGGAAAAACUUGACCAUAGUACCCAAGAGCAACCCAUCUACUUUAUCUUUAAGAUCUUGCAGUGUUUCAGGGCAUAUUCCCUUUUGCCUUUCCAACUUUACAAAUCUAUUUCACUUGGACUUAAGUGAGAAAAAUCUCAUAGGAAGCUUGCCUCCAUGGCUAAACAAAACAAAUCUCUAUGAGUUGAUUUUAUCUAUCAACUUUCUUUCAGGUUCUUUGUUCCCUCUCUUCCAGUUUGAACUGUUGCAACAACUCGACUUAGCAAGAAAUAAUUUUUCAGGCAAGUUGCCAGAUAACAUUGGUAAAGCUACACUGAUGAGAAAGCUCGUGUUGUCUGGCAAUGAUUUCUCAGGACCAAUUCCCAAUUCCAUCUCAAAUAUGUCAAUGCUAUCGAUUAUUGACUUGUCAAAUAACAGAUUUUCAGGUAAUGAGUUCCCAAGUUUUAGGGCACUAUAUCUCGAUCUUUCUUUCAAUAAAUUUUGCGGUGGUCUUCCUGUUACGUUCUAUGAACGGAUAGUGGUUCUACUACUAAGCCAUAAUGAGUUUUCUGGCGUCCUACCUCCGAACUUGAUGAAUUUAAGUGAACUUGCAUGCCUUGAUGUCCAUGAUGAUAAGAUCACAGGUGAAAUCCCAGCUUUCCUUUCUCAUAUGUCCACUCUUCAAAUUUUGAAUCUGAGGAAUAAUUCUUUUCAAGGGCCAAUUCCUAACAAUCUAACAAAUCUUACAAGUCUUCAAAUACUUGAUCUCUCUGACAAUGACUUCAGCGGAAAAGUGCCACCUGGUUUGGGAAAUCUUAGUGGAAUGAUUUAUCCUAAUUCCGAUGCUUCGUUACUUCACCUGGAUAAACUUGUCUACAACCGCUGGAAUAUUAUGUCAGUCUUCAUUGUAUAUCCUGAUUUAGAAGUAUUUUGGAAAAAUUUGAUGCGAGAUCUUCCCGGCCAACACCUUCGUCUGUAUACCUUUUUGGAUUUAUCAAACAAUCAAUUGUCAGGUUAA